AUGAGUUACAAGGCUGCCAGUGCGGAUCGGCUGGAUUCUAACGGGCUACCGAUGUCUAAGAGGUCGCCAUCUAUCCUCGUGACAGACUCUAGAUCUUCUAAGAAGCGAAUAAGUGCACCUUUUGCGGGACAUGCGGCCGGUGUACGAAAUCGCGCUGAAUUGCCUGGCGGAAAUACUGGCAAUGGAUUGCAUUCACUCGGUACCGGAGUCAAGAAAAGGACAUCUGGUAGGUUUAGUGAUAUAUCGAUCGACAACAUAUUAUCUGAGAUGUCGGAUGUCCCCUCUGGACGACGAGAGGAACGACGGUCAACGUCAUCAGCGGACAGAUAUUACGGUUCGGACAGGACACGGCCGCUGAGCUACUCUAAAUCUAUCAAUCCCUUGCCUUUAAGGACUUCGAAGACUUCUCAAAAGUUGGUGCUUAUCCCCGAGGAAGAAAACCGAGAAUCACCGAACGUAUUUUAUCGAAAGAAGUCUGCAACAUCGCUGAAAUACAAUGAAUCAGCCCAUCAUGCGAGAAGAGACCAUAAACUAGCUAGGAUAACCGCAUAUAAUGUGGCAGAAGGGUUCAAUCUCAAAGUGAUGUCAAAGUUCUUAAAGUCUACGCACGAAGUGUCUCCCAGAUUGUACGAUGAGUGUCUGUAUGUCGCGUAUACUUUGCCACUACUUCAUGGUAAAGAUGGCUUCAGGGUUAAGUCGAACAUUUCUAAAAAAGUCGUCGGCGGAAAGACGCUCAUUGACAAGCUGAUCGAUACAAGCGAACAGCGAGAUCAUCACUACGAGUAUUACUCCGGAGUGGAGACACUAGAAGAUUCAAAGAAUGCUUAUGAACUGGAUUCUAAUGCGGUACUCGUUGAAACUGAUCCUAAUACCAUUCCAAAUCAUUUGCCGAAUCCGAUAGGGAACCAGGACUCGUUUGAUCCCAGCGAACCCCAGUUUUUUGCGGAAGAAACUCCUUCAGAGCAGGAACAGAGAGAACGAAGGGAGCAGCUACAUAUAUCAUCCAAUAGUCAGCGCAGCGAAAUAGUGACUGAUGGCGGCCAGCACGCAGAGAUAUUUAUUUUUCGCUAUGGUGUUAUUGUGUUCUGGAAUUUUACUGAAAUUCAGGAAAAGAACAUAUUAGGUGAUAUUGCAUUUGCUGACUAUAAAUCUCUGGUCAUAAGACCUUUGGACGAGCAGGAUAUCGAGAGGGAGCAAUUUCACUUUGAAUAUGACAAAGACACAGAACGACCACGAAUUUUCAACGAUAUAGUGACAUUAAGGUCCGGCGAUCAUAUUAUAGAACUUACCAUCUCGCAUGCUAUUGCACAAUCAUCUAAAUUGUCGCGUUUCGAGUCGAGAAUAUCACCUAUCCUGACGGCUGUAACCAAGCUCCCGAAAAGGUUGGCAUUGUAUGGAACUCUAGGAUUAAAGAGAGAACAGCUCUUAAAGAAGUCUGGUAAGCUUUUUAAACUUCGUGUGGACGUCAAUUUGUCAUCAAGCAUUUUGGAUACACCAGAGUUCUUUUGGAGUUUUGAACCAAGUUUGCAUCCACUUUAUGUUGCUAUGAGAGAGUAUCUAGAAAUCGAUCAAAGAGUCCAAGUUGUUAACGAUCGAUGCAAAGUCUUUCUCGAAUUCUUUGAUAUAUGCGUCGAUUCUGUCGCAGAAAGAAACAUAGCUCGUGUGACAUGGUGGUUAAUCAUAGCAAUUAUUGUCGGGGUUAUUUUCUCAUUGACAGAAAUUCUCGUGAGAUAUAUAAUUAUUCAUAGUCAUUGA